AUGACUGACAGGUUAGCAAUAUCGCUCGGGCUUCCCAGAAAACAAUAUAACGUUCCGAUUAGCGGCGUUGACAAUGCGCAAUCAACUACGAAUUAUUUAGUUACGACUACGGUCCUGUCGAGACUUAAUGGGUUCAGGAGAGAAUUAACGUUUUUGACAGUGAAAGACAUCACUGGAUUGGUACCGGACGAGAAAAUUCAACGAAGCUCUCUGAAUAUACCGUCAAACAAACCACUGGCCGACACCCAGUUUGACCAACCCGGAGAGAUAGAUCUUCUUAUAGCAUCCGGGACAACCUUAGCCAGUCUCUGCGUAGGACAAGUGAAACUCUCCAAAUCGUCAGAAGAGGAUCUUUAUCUCCAGAACACGCGUUUCGGCUGGAUAAUCGGUGGUUCCAUUCCAAGAGCUGAUUCUCAGGAAACAACGUCAAUGAAACAUCGAUGUUUCUUUACAAAUCUAAAAGACGUGAUGAGAGGUUUCUGGGAAAUAGAGGAGCCAUCGCGGGAGAAUAUACCACCUGCCGAAGAGAGUUGCGAGAAGCACUUCCGGAAAAACACGAAACGCGGCGAAGAUGGGCGCUACAUCGUGGCUCUUCCUUUCAACGAGAAAAUAACAGAGUUGGGAGACACAAGAGCAAUGGCGGAAAGACGAUUUCUCGCACUGGAGAGACGAUUGAGAAAAAACGCCUCACUUUGGGAUUCGUACAGCAAGGCCAUGCAAGAAUUCAUUGACUUAGGUCAUAUGACAAAGGUCGUCGGGGAGCCACAACCCGGAGGAUGUUAUAUCUCGCAUCAUCCGGUCAUAAAGGAAGGAAGCUUGACGACUAAGGUCCGACCCGUUUUCGACGCAUCGGCCAUGUCGACAAGUGGCAUCUCUUUAAAUGACACACUUCUUGUGGGGCCCACUAUUCAGGAUGAUAUUUUCUCGCUGCUCUUACGGUUCCGUAAACAUAAUUACGUGCUCACAGGAGACAUCGAGAAAAUGUAUCGGCAGUUUUGGAUACAAGAAUCGGAUCGGAAAUACCAACGAAUUCUCUGGAGAGAUUCCGACAGUCGCAUCGCCACAUACGAAAUUAAUACGGUUACUUUUGGGGUAGCAUCUGCCCCCUUCUUGGCGAUACGCUGUCUCCACCAAUUGGCUGACGAUGAGGGGGAGUCAUAUCCGAAGGCGGCAGAGACUCUCAAGAAAGAUAUGUACGUCGAUGAUUUGUUAACCGGAGCACCGACUUUCGAGGAAGCUCUCAAGUUACGCGACGACAUCAACGCACUCCUGCAACGAGGAAAACUAAACAUGAGGCAGUGGGCGUCCAAUGAGCCAAAGCUUCUUCAUGGUUUGCCCGUCAAUUACGUAAACCUCAAGCUUCAAUCCCGGGACGACCACACCAUCAAAACCCUCGGAGUGCACUGGGAUUCGGAAAGGGACCAGAUCGUCUACAUGGUACAGGAGGUACCUCCGAAUAGCCGGGCUACGAAAAGAAAUAUCCUUUCAGAGAUCGCGAGAAUCUUUGACCCGCUAGGCCUGCUUGGUCCUGUGAUAACGUACGCCAAGCUUAUUAUGCAGGAAUUAUGGGUUGAAAAACUAGAUUGGGACGAUCCGAUUCCUCUCUCUAUCCAUACGAAAUGGUUGAAGUACACGAAAGGACUCAACAAGCUCAACAACCUAUCGUUCGAUCGAAAAUUUUCAUCGACGGAGACCGAUGAACUCCAAAUUCACGGUUUCUGUGACGCCAGCGAAAACGCAUAUGGUGCGUGCAUAUACAUUCGCGCCGUCGAUUCCGAUGAAAGAAUCACUUCGACUCUACUUUGUGCAAAGGGUAGAGUAGCUCCGCUGAGCAACAAACGAUCUGCCCAAGCAGACGAAACAAAAAACUAUUCCAGCGUCACUAUCCCACGUUUAGAAUUAUGCGCUGCGCAAGUUCUUGCUCGUUUAUAUACCACGAACCUCGCCGAGCCAACUGCCAAUCGCAUCAGCGAUAUUCAGGCAAGGACCGAGACAGACAGCUGGAGACACGUCCGAUCAGCUGACAAUCCCGCCGAUCUUAUCUCACGGGGUCAGACUCCAGAUGAAUUUGCUUCACCAACACUCUGGAAAAACGGACCCAGUUGGUUGACACAAUGCGAAGAAAAUUGGCCACGGUUGGGGUUGCCGAGUCUGGAACGGGUGCCCGAAACCCGAAAGAUAAAAUGCCUCGUGGCACCAAUCCACUGGGACGUUCUUGAGCGAUACUCUUCAAUCGUCAAACUAAAAAGAGUUAUCGCCUAUUGUCUAAGAUUUAAGACGAAAUUGAAGGGCCCGGUGAGCUGCGAAGAACUCCAAACAGCAACGAACACCAUUCUACGAAGUGUUCAAUCGUUGCAUUUUGCCGAAGAAUUAAAAUCUCUUCGCGAAGCUAAAUGCGUGGAUAGAAAGAGCAAGCUCGCACCCCUGACUCCGUUCAUAGACAAUCACGGUUUAAUAAGAGUAGGAGGCCGAUUAAGAAACGCAUCGAUACCCUUCGACGAACGGCAUGCGAUCAUAUUGCCACGGAAAAACCAUGUUACCAACCUUUUAAUUAGCUACGAGCAUCUCCGCAACUACCACAGUGGCAACCAGGCAACGCUCUAUGCUCUUCGGCGAAGAUACUGGAUUUUGGACGGUCGCAAUCAAGUGCGAAGAAUAAUUCGAAACUGUUUACGAUGCAAUCGUGUCGAGCCUCAAUCUACGAAUUGUGUGAUGGGAGAUUUACCGAAGGUCCGCAUCACCGAAGCACGGCCAUUUUUGAAUGUUGGAGUCGAUUACUGCGGCCCAUUCUUCAUAAAAGAAAAAAAGUUCCGAAAUCGGGGUCGGGUGAAGGUUUACGUAGUGGUCUUCGUAUGCCUCUGCCGAACACAAUACGACUGUCUCCAAUCAAUUGUCUGA